AUGGGUCGCAUUCCGCUGGAAAAUCCGCGAGUCAUUUAUGACCUGGGCUGUGGCAGCGGCAACGUGGCACGCCUGCUCGCCGACCGUUGGCCCGCCGCCGAUAUUGUUGGCGUUGACAACUCGCCCGAGAUGCUCACCGAGGCUGCCGAUUCACCGUCCCGGGUGCGAUGGGAAUACGGUGACCUGGCCGACUGGAAACCCGAUGCCUCGCCUUCAGUCCUGUACUCGAAUGCUGUUAUCCAAUGGGUGCCCGACCACCAGGAACUCAUUCCCCGUCUGUGGGCGAUGUUGCCCGUCUGGCGGAUGCCUGGCUGUGCAGGCCCCGAUGAGUUGGGGCGCGAAACUCUGGCGGACGGCGGAACCGGCGGGAAACCCAUCGGGAGCGCCGAAUUGCGGGAGGCAGUCGGCAAUCGGUGGGUGCAGGAUCCUGAUUUCUACUAUGACCUGCUGGCCCCCAACGCUACCCAUCUGGAUGUGUGGACCACCGAGUAUCAGCACGUUUUGACUGGCGACGAUGCCGUUCUGGAGUGGGUAACGAGCACCGGCCUGCGGCCCAUCCUCAAUGGCCUGAACGACGCCGACCGCGACGUCUAUCGGGAAGAGUACCGUCGGCGGCUCAACCGGCAAUAUCCCAGGCGGGCUGACGGAGCUACCCUGUACCCCUUCCAGCGUCUGUUCUUCGUCGCCAUCCGGGCAUAA